CAAGAUACCGCCAUCUCUUGGUUAAAGAGAUGCAGUUUUUUUUAUAUUUGGGUUGGUGUUGAAAGUUCUGGCCCGCAACGCUCUGAAUGAAUAAUAAUAUUCAUGCUUGCUGAAGGGACACGAAUGCUGCGCCUAGAAACUGUAAUUGCUCUAAACACAGAUGAUGGAGAGCACAUGUGAAAACCAGAAUUCUCCAAGCUCAGACAUUCUUUCAGGCAUAAAAGGUGUAGUGCAGGAAAACAAUGUGAAUACUUCAGAAAGAGAGGAGUAUGGACAAGCUGAUGAUAUUCAUAAUAAAGCCAUUGAUCAGAAUACCUGUGAGAAUUCAAAGGAUACAUCUGGUGUAGAUAAUUACGAAGCUGAUAACUUGCUUGGUGAUGGGACACCAGCUGCAGAAACAGCAGACAAAGCAGAUGGAGACAGGGAUAGUGAAAUACUGGAUGAAGAAGUGGAGAAGGAGUUGUUAGGUGAAGAAAACGCGGAUCUGACGGAGAACGAAUCUUUAGAAGAUACUGACAAGGGAGAUGGAAGCUCAGAUGUCAUAAAAUCUGGUGAAAACCAGGAGGAUGGAAAGAAUGAUGAGGCAUCAAGUACAUUGGAAGAAUCAGAGGCUGCAGAGAACAUCGGUACCAACGCGCAUGAGCAAGGAACUCAAGAAGAAGACAUGAUUGCAGAUCAGGACUUGCCAGGUGAACAUGGCACUUUAAGUGAAGCAACAAACAUGGAUGUGGAGGAAAGUGGCAGUGUUACUAACACUGAGCAAGAUGGCUCUAAGGAAGACGAAAUGAAUGUGGACAGUAAGGAUAAGGAGGCAUCAUCCUCUGAAAUACCAGACAAGGUCAUGGAGGAUGACUUAGAAGAAAAUGUAAGCCAGGAUGAUGAAGUGUCGAUGAAUCCAAGUGAAUCUAAUGCAAAUCCAGUGGCAGAAGAAGAGACGAGCAUGAAUGUGAGCGAGGCUGACGGUGAACACUCAGGUGAUGGGCAGGAUCACUUAAUGGAUCAGGACAUGCAAGUGGAGAAUUCUGAGAAGGAGAGAGGUGAAACAAUGGAUGUCAGCAUGACCAAUGUAGAUCUUCGUGCUGGUGGUGAUGAGUCUAUGGAGGUUGCCAGUCCUGUCGAUCAGGAUCCAAUUAGUGUGAUGAAUGAUUCAGAUGCUAAUAAAGAUAACAGUAGUGGUGAACAGAUGGAUAUCGCUGAAUCCACAGAGGAGAGUGGAAAAGCUGAUGAAACAGAAGAUCGGGUGAGAAAUGAUGAAGCAAAGGGUAAUUCAAAACAGGUGGACGGAAUUGAUGAGACUACAAAAGAGGCUGAACCAGAAGGUGGUAUUACAAACCAUGAAGAAGGAAAUGAAGAAGAUAAUGCUGCAAAGGAGAAAGAAAGUGAACAUGCUGAAGGAUCAGACAAACCUGAAAGUGCUGACAGCAGAGAUGAUAAGCAAGAAGAUUUGGAAAGCAAGGUUGAGGAAGGAUCGUCUGAAAAAGGAAAGGUUGGUGAAGCUGAAGAAGGUGGCUCUGGUGUAGCUGCAGAUGAGACUAAAAGCAAUGUAGAGACUGCUACAACUGACAAGGAAGAGACAGACACUACAGCAGGAACCAGCAAAGAUUCCAGUCAAGCAAGUAGUAAAGAGAAAGAUGAGGAAGAACUGUGUAUAAUACCUGAUACUGUGCUGCGGGUGGAGGGGAAGGAUGGCGAUAAACCAGAUGAGAAGGACGCACAGGAAAACACUAAUAUGAAGAGUGAUAAACCAGCUGUUACAGAAGUUGUGGAGAAACCGAAGCCUACAAGAAAGUCCAGCAGUGCUGAAAAGAAAGCAGAGGCUUCAUAUAUAGCUGCUGUAGAACCCGUCACAGAGUACAGACACUCACGACCACAGCGACAGGCUGCCAAGAGGGCUGAAACUCAAAUCAAGGAAUUGGCCGAAGAAGAUUCUAAUUCCAAUGAAGGGUUCGGAGAUGGCCUUGAUGAUGUUAUUGAAAUUGAAGGCAGCAAUCAAAUGUGCUUCCAGUGCUGUCGACUUCGCGUCUGUAGAUUUCAAGUGUAUGUUGGAGGCAAAAAUAGAUACCUCUGUCAGGAAGAAUGUUACAAUACAUUCCGUAAACAUGGUGGACUCAAAUCAAAAUCGGGGUUGAUGAUGAAUGAUAAAGGCAAAUCAGGGAUCGUUGACCCAGACAGGUCAUUCAUCAGGAAGUGUUCCCAGUGCAGCAGCAUGAUAACAGGGGAUGAGAAGAACCUGUCAUGGGAAACCAUGGACUUCUGCAAUGAGGAGUGCUUAGGCAAAUACCAAACGGCACUUGGGUCCCAUUGCGCCAAUUGCAAAGGAUCUGUUCAAGCAGCAAGCCUGGGAAAGUACUGCGUCCGUUUUGGAUAUGACAUCAAGCAGUUCUGCUGCAGCACUUGCCUCGAAGAGUUCAAGAAAGGCCUAAAAGUAUGCAGCUACUGCCAGAAGGACAUAUCAAGUGGAGUGGAAGGCUUCCUUGCACCUGUUGGUGACAAGGGCCAGUUCAAAGAUUUCUGUACACAAGCAUGCAUGGAGAAGUAUGACCAGAUGAGCAACAAUCAGCCGCCACCAGUAAUUGUACAUCAGUGUGCAGUGUGUAACAACGAGAAGGUUGUGAAGGUAGAGGUUAUGCUGGACAACAAGCUACACAAGCUCUGCAGUGAGCCAUGCUUUGCAGCUUUCAAGUUUGUUAACAAGAUCAUUGCAGAUCACUGUGACAUGUGCAAGAAGUAUUUUGAUAAAUCAAAGACUGAGGUGUAUUCUGUGUACUAUGAUGAUGCUCCGCACAGCUUCUGUUGCAAAACCUGUAUGAAUGUGUACAUCCUUGCAAACAGGAAGAUUGUUCCUUGCAACUGGUGCAAGGUGAAGAAGUACAACUUUGACAUGAUAAAGAGAGUGACAUCAAGUGGCCAGGUGUUGAUGAUGUGUUCCUUGAACUGCCUAACAUUGUAUCAGGUGUCAGUGAAUGCUGUUUCCUCAAAAAGAAUUAAAUGUGACUUGUGCAAUUCCGUAGCGCAGGCUCAGUACCAUCUGACAAUGUCGGAUGCAACAAUUCGGAACUUCUGCUCAUACCAGUGUGUGAUGUCAUUCCAAGGACAGUAUGCCAAGAAUACUCCUGUCACAUACUCUGGCAACGAGGCUUCUCCUGUACCAACAGGUGGGCCCAAACGAGUGUAUCCCAGACGAUCUGUUCCACUUACACAGAAUGAGAAUCAGAUGUCUGCCAACAAGACGGGUUCUGCGUCUAUGCCUGUCAUCUCGAAUGUGACCUCACUUGCCACUCCUAAUGGUCAGCAGGUGUCCACCGCAAACAGUACGGGUAUCACGACAAGAUCUUCUGCACUCAAGGUGAAUAAUAAUAAUAUAGCCUCACCACAGUCUGCAAGGACAUCACCGGUGAUGUACAAGCAGCAGGUCAUUGUGAAGCCUCCCUCCCCCAAACAAAUGAGGAAUAAAUCUGUGCUUUGCAAGCCAUAUAUGCAUACAAAGGGAGUGUCUUGCCGGCCCCAUCCCUGCACAAAGGAAACUCAAACAGAGGACACCAUGGGCAAGAAAGUGCUGAUUCCAGUACCUGUGCCCAUAUACGUCCCAGCCCCAAUGCACAUGUACAGCAGCCCAUACCCAGUGCCAGUACCAUUUCCACUACCCGUGCCAGUACCAAUCUUCAUCCCCACCACCAGGAACUCAGCUCAUGGCAUCAUGAAGGAAAUCAAACGGAUUCAGGAGAAAAUACCAACAGAUCCAUUUGAGGCAGAGUUGCUGAUGAUGGCAGAGAUGGUGGCUGGAGAGAAAAAGGGUGAUAAUUCGGACUCCGACAGCGAUGAUGGUGCCACUGGUGCAGGUGAUGUCAGUGAGGUUCCGGGAGGAAGUUCUGCUGCUGAAGGAGGAUUCAGCCCCGAAGCCGUUGACACAAGUAACACGUUCGGGGAAGAUAUGCUGCAGAUGGCUCUAAAAAUGGCAUCAGAAUUAGAGGAACCUGCAGUGGAUUUGGAGGCUGCACUGACUCCAUCUACAAUUACAGCACAGUCACAGACUUCCAUGGAACAGAAUGAUGCAACAGAGUCCGAAGCAGACGACCCUGAGCCGGUGCAAGCGCUCCCAGAGACCCGAGCCAAUCGGGGAAGGAAGAGAGGCAUCCGAACAACCAGAGGUAUUGGCAGUGUACCAAGUAAGCGGGGGAGGAGAAUCAGCAGCUCGGUCGAUGUUCCUCUGUUACCGCCUCCUGAGCCGCAGCCACCUCCACGGGUUGAACAAGAGAAACCUGAUGCCAAUAUGUGUCUGAAGUAUACAUUCGGAGUGAAUGCUUGGCGACAGUGGGUGAUGGCAAAGAAUGCAGAGCUUGAGAAAGCUGCAUCCAACAACAGGAAACUGAAACUCUUCAAGCCCGAGAUUCUCCAGUUGACUGCAGAUGAACUCAACUACUCCCUUUGCUUAUUUGUCAAAGAAGUUAGGAAACCUAAUGGCAGUGAAUAUGCUCCAGACACAAUUUAUUAUCUUUGUUUAGGAAUUCAGCAGUAUUUGUUUGAGAAUGGGAGAAUAGAUAAUAUCUUCACAGACUCUUAUUAUGAUGUAUUCACGGAGUGUUUAGAUGAAGUAGCCAAGAAGUUUACAGCCCUGUACAAUGACUCACAGUACAUUGUUACAAGAGUGGAGGAAGAACAUCUGUGGGAGAGCAAGCAGCUGGGAGCCCACUCACCCCAUGUUCUGCUAAGCACCCUUAUGUUCUUCAACACAAAGCAUUUUAACCUUACAACUGUAGAGGAGCACAUGCAGCUUUCCUUCUCGCACAUCAUGAAACACUGGAAAAGAAAUCCAAAUCAGCCAGGUGUGACUAAGAUCCCAGGCAGCUCUCGAAAUGUUCUUCUAAGAUUCUAUCCACCACAAUCAGCACUUGAGGCAAAUUCAAGGAAAAAGAAGGUUUAUGAACAACAGGAGAAUGAAGAGAACCCCUUGAGGUGCCCUGUCAAGUUAUAUGAGUUUUACCUAUCAAAAUGUCCAGAAAGUGUGAAGACUCGAAAUGAUGUGUUCUACUUGCUGCCAGAACGAUCGUGCGUUCCAGACAGUCCUGUGUGGUACUCGACAAUGGCACUGGGCAGGGAACCUCUUGUCAAAAUGCUGCACAGAGUGAAGAUGGUCAAAGAAAUAAAUAUUGCGUUACUCACAAGUUAAAUGUCACUUCCCUCCCCAUUCCUUGGGCUUAGCGAGCAGCGUGUACAAAUGGGACCAAGAUGUGGCGAGUGCAUUAUUUGUGACGUUUUAGGCAGUGCUGAUGGACGUAUUAAGCCCAUAAGAAAUAAAGCUUGUGGAUCUCAUGAUGCAGGUGGCAGCAGUGCUGCAGACUCCAUGCAUAUGGACAGAGUGUUGGCAUCUUAGAGAGAAAUAUUUGCUCUAUAUAGUAAGUGUACAAACUGUCUGCACAGAGACACCUUUUUUUAUUGUUUACAUAUUUGAAAUCUUCAUAUUGAGUUCUUUUGUAGAUAAGUUGCAAAAAGAUCAUAAAAAAAGCAUUUUAGAAUAAAAUACUACUUCUGCUAACAUACUCUUAAGAGGAGAGGCGGCUGCCGCAGCUACAUGUCUGCCAGACUCAUUCUGUUGUUCAGAUUCCUAUUGUAAAUAUGGUUAUGAAGUGAAAGUGUGACUUAAAUUAGUUUGCAGUUAGAUUCAGAGAAUUCUGUUCUGUAAAAACAUGAACUUUCCUCAUAGGAAUAUGUUGUCAAGAGGUUUUAUAGUACCUUAUCACAGUUUUGUGGAAGUCUUUAAUUGAAACUGAAUGUCUAAAUAAAAAAUGAAAUGAUGAGUUUCAAAAAA